GGGGCGAUAAUGAGCAAUUUCCUCGGAACUGCAGAAGCAGAAGGAGACGCUGCAGUAGCGGAGCCGUGUGAAACACCUCAGUAACAGGUGUGUGUGAGCGUGAGCUGAAUGCAGAAGACGGUGGCUGUCCUGGGGGGUGGUAUCGGGGGUCUGUCCACCUGCUACCAUCUCAGCAAGAGCAUACAGGUGUCUAAGGUGGUGCUGUUGGAGGCGAGUGGGCGCUGUGGUGGCUGGGUGAGCACCACACGGAGAGAGGAUGGAGCUGUGUUUGAACAUGGACCCCGGGGGGUCCGACCGGCCGGGACCACGGGGAAAUACAUCCUAAACAUGCUGACUGAACUGGGUUUGGAGAGUGAGAUUCUGCCCGUUCCUCAUCACCACGUGGCAUCUAAAAACCGUUUCCUCUACGUAAAAGGACAGUUGCACAAGAUGCCGUCCGGACUCGGUGGGGUUGUGCGCACCAUCCCUCCCUUCUCCAGUCCCAUAAUGCUCAGCGUGCUGAAGGAAGUUUUGGUCAGCAAGGGGACACAGGAGGAUGAGUCCGUUCAUGCGUUUGUGUCCAGAAGACUGGGCUCUGAGUUAGCAGAUAUAGCGAUCGAUGCUCUGUGUCGUGGUGUGUUCGCGGGGGACUCCAGGAAGCUUAGUGUACGCUCGUGUUUCCCACCGCUCUACAGUGCAGAAAAGGCCCGGGGGUCCAUCCUGCUGGGGAUGCUGAUGGGUUACGAAAAGCGCCCCCCGGUGGUCCGUUCAGCACUGUUGCAACGGGCUCAGAAGGAGCGGUGGGCUCAGUGGAGUCUCAGACGGGGCAUGCAGGCACUUCCCGAGGCUCUAGAGGAGACACUGAGGGGGCAUGAGAGGGUGGAGGUCCAUUACAAUGCCCCCGUCAGGAGGCUGGACAACACAGCAGCCGGCUGGGAGAUCAAGCUGGAGGAUGGAAGCACGUUGAAAGCUGAUCAUGUGAUUUCUGCUGUACCUGCAGCAGCUUUGGCCGCAGUGCUGCCCCCUGCUGCCCAGCCUCUGUCACAACAGCUGCGAGGGAUUCCCACAGCGACCGUAGGGAUGGUCAACCUGGAGUUCAGCGGCUCUGUGCUGCCAGUAACGGGUUUUGGUCACUUGGUCCCCUCCUCUGAGGAUCGGGGGCUGUUGGGGGUGGUCUAUGACUCCGUCCCGUUUCCAGAGCACAACCGUGCAGGAGAACCUACAACCAGACUGACAAUAAUGAUGGGAGGCUCUUGGUUUGAGGAGGUUUUCGGCCAGCCAGACCACGUGACGGAGCAGGAGCUGCUGGAUCGGGCCGCUGAGGCGCUGAAGACACACCUGGGCAUCACUGACGCACCUUUAUGGAGUAAAGCAGCUGUGCUGAAGAACUGCAUCCCGCAGUAUCAUCUGGGACACUGGAAACGGCUUGAAACAAUGAGGCAGUACAUCAGUGACGCCAGCCUGCCGCUCUCUCUGGCUGGAGCUUCCUAUGACGGCGUCUCCAUCAGUGAUGUCAUAUCCAGUGGUCGACAGGCAGCAGAGAGACUUUUGGGAAAAGUCUGAGCUGACCAAAUGUGGCUUUAAAGGAACUCUAGUGAGCUCACUUUACAUAGACUGAUUGUGAUAUUGUGAAAUUGUGAUCUGCAGAUGAAUGAGUUUAAAGGAACACUUCAGCUUUAUUAUUUGCUUAUUUAACCUAAUCCCUGCCUGCUGUUCUUUUGAUUAGCACAGACAGUCAUCUUAACACGUUUUCCUCAACUUAGAAGAGAAUAAAAAACACACUAAACAGGUGCUGAAGCAGCUGCCCAUUGACUUCCAUUAUAAGUCUGUUGCUGUAAGUGAGUCAAUGUGUUUUCUGUUCUUUACUUGUAAAAAUAACUGUCUGUGCUAAUCGACUGUACGCUACAGUAGUAGUGAGAGAUACAACGUUUCAUCCUUCACAGCAGUUGAAACUCUUUAAAGGUGUUAGUUUUAUCAUUAAUGUUGUACCAGUAUGUAAAUAAAAGCAGAUAAUGUGACAUACAAACAGGUCACAACACACUGACUAACAGGUCACAACACACUCCCUCACCUCUCAGUUAGUCCUGUUUAUGGUCAAAGGAGUGACAUCAGUUCCUAAUAAGUCAGUGAGUUAAUGGGGAAAGAGAUCAGAAUGAAAAGCUGGUCUCUUGGGGUUAGCUGUUAACCAUUAGCCUAGCAUGUAGACUAGCUGGCUCUCUGUGCACUCUGCCUAUAGCUCCUCACUUGGCCAGCUGCUUCAGGCGACACCUGAGUUUCUCAGCUAAAACUAAUAGAGUGAACAGGUGUAAUAUUUGAGUGACCCUUGUAGAUUAAAGCUCAAGUGUGAGAGACAAAUGAGACAAACCUACAUUCAGCAACGUUUAGAGGAGCUGCUGUGGGCUUUACACACACUCCCCUUCAUCUCGUUAGCAUCAGAAAGAAAUACUGACAUCUGACUGUGUAUUGUUAAUUUCUGUUUCGGUCAAAAAAAAAUUGAUUUACUUCAGUUGUUAAAUAUGACUCUUGUUAAAAGUGAAGAAUCACCCGGUAUGCUGCAUUCAGGUGCUCAUCAUAUAGUUGUAUAUAUCAGGUGGUUAACUAGUAAAUAUGAUGUUUUGGUGCGCUCAGUUCGGGUGCUCUUUCAUAGAUACGCCCAGCACAUAGGAAAGAAGCAUGGAGGUCUGGAGAACAGAAUUCUGCUUUUUAUUCGCUGAUAAAAAGCAGACAGAUCAAUAGAAGAAUUUUUUUUUUUCACAUUCGUUUGCAAGUUUAGUGUCUUUCACUCAUGGAAAAUAUUACAUCCUAUGAAUUAUAAUCUAGAAUCCUAAAUUGACCAGUUUAAAUACUACUUUUUUAGCCGUUCAAGCAAAAAGUUGGAAAACGUUUCUGACACUCGAAUGCAGCAUAACAUGCCAUGUUAAUCUGUAAAAAAAAAGGUUUACUUAAGCAUUCAAAGUGGUUUUAAAUGAAUAAAAAAAUAAAUAAAUAAAUAAAUAAAUAAAUAGUAGAUCAUAGACUGUCAUAAAUAUGUAAUCUGAAUUAUACAGUAAUAUAAUUUUUUUUCAGAUACAGCAAAUAGAGAGGUUUAAUAGUAUUGGGUUAAAAAAGCUGAAGUUUUACUUUAAAAACUUUCAUAUGUCAGUAACACCAAGUAUUUAAAUUACAUGCCAAUAUUAUAAACGUAAUAUUUAUCCUGAAUUAAAGCUAUUUUUGCGAGUGAAAUAUUAGUUAAAAAGCAAAACACUGGUGUGGUAUAUACCUAAAUAUUGUUUUGCUACUGCUAUGCAUCAAUGAAUUGUAACAUGCCUGUAUUUAGUUUCAUUCUGAGCUUAUUUGUAGCUGUGGAAGGUUUAUAGACGCUCAAUCAUCAGUUUACAAUUUGACUUCACCAAGAAUACAAUUAGAAAUUCUUUGAGUAAGUAUUCAGUAGAAAAUUUUAUUUGUUUUAACCUCAAAAACCUAAUUCUAAUUCUGUUCUUGGCAGGAACUUUAGGCUCAGGGAAAGUUUAAAGGGGAAUCCACUGUUUUGUUUUGUUUUGUUUUUUUUCUUUUCCAUAAUUCAGUGUGUGAGAUGUAACAGAGAGAUUCAGAGUGGUUUGGUGUGAAAUGGUUCAGAUGUCUUUACA